AUCCUUUGAGGCUGCCCAGGCUGCUCCAUUGACAGCUACCUACUACCAGUACCAUCUUACGCACAGAGCGCCCUCACCUCAACCUACCACUCCACCGCAUCCCACCCUUCUCCGCCGCCCAUCAUGUCCUCCGGAGCGGGUCGCGAAGCCGUCUUCCCUACGCGCCAAUCGCUCGGAUUAAUGAAAUCCAAGCUCAAAGGCGCGCAAACCGGUCACGAUCUCCUCAAACGCAAAUCCGAAGCUCUCACGAAACGUUUCCGCGAUAUCACCCGCCGCAUAGACGAAGCCAAACGAAAGAUGGGCCGUGUGAUGCAAAUCGCAGCGUUCAGUAUGGCAGAAGUUACAUACGCUGUAGGCAAUAGCGGUUUUGGUUAUCAGAUCUUAGAGGGUGCGAGGACAGCGAGAUUCAGGGUUCGGACGAAGCAGGAGAACGUGUCCGGUGUGUUCCUGCCGCAGUUUGAGAGUUUUCAGGAAGAGGGCGUGAAGGAGGAGUAUGCCAUGACGGGCCUGGGGAAAGGCGGGCAGCAGGUGCAGAAGUGUAGGGAGACCUAUACGAGGGCUGUCGAGACAUUGGUCGAGUUGGCGAGUUUGCAGACGGCGUUCGUGGUGCUGGAUGAGGUGAUCAAGGUGGUAAAUCGGAGAGUCAAUGCUAUUGAACACGUUAUUAUACCGAGGACGGAGAAUACGAUCAAGUAUAUCAAUUCCGAGCUGGACGAGAUGGACCGAGAGGAGUUCUUCAGACUGAAGAAGGUGAAGGGGUUAAAGGAGAGAGCUGCUGCUGCAGAUGACGAGCAGAGAAAGAUACGGGCGUUGAAGGAGAAGGCCGAGGGUAAGGAGAAUGCCACAGAACAAGAGCAACAGGAAGCCAAGGACAUAUUGGGAGAGGAGAAAGACGAGGAUCUGAUAUUCUAAGAGAUGCCGUGAUUAGCAUUGUCUCUCUGGCCGCCUCCAGAUUGGCAGCUGAAGGCUAUGUCAUUGUACAGCAAAUGAGCGAUAUAAUUGACUGCCGCAGUUUCUACCACUCUGGCAAACGAGUAGGUUGUUGAGCUUCUUACCCAAGGUAACUUGGCGACUCCACGCCGUGACGUCGAUGCCUAGCUUAUGCUUCGUUCCACAAGUACUCGGCACUCUCUUCACAUUGAUUAACUAGAAAAUUUGGGGGGAUGUUCUUCGACUAGCCCAUUAUUGGAAUAUGAGCCUAUCUUGCAUUUGGCAUAACAACCGGAUGCACAGCGAGGCAGUAUAAAAACGAAAAAAGAAGCUGCUUCCUAUUAAAUGUUAAUCGUAGUAUCGCAG